CCCUGGCGGAUUGUACUCAAUUCCAUUGUAAGUGCUAAAUGACAUGUAAUGGACUUCCGUACUUCCGUACUUCAUUUUUUUCUACGGACUAAACAGCAGGCGGGCUUUAGGACCCGGGCGACGUCGCGUGACAUCAACAGGGAGACGGAGCUCGCGCUGCCUGGAGGUGAUGGCUCAGCGGGCGACGGCCAGGUGGCGCUACCUGCGAGCGUUUGUCAGUGGCCUCUUUGUGGCCGUCCCCGUCACGGUCACUGUCCUGGAUCGAUUUGCCUACGUUGCUCGAGUGGAAGGAGCAUCGAUGCAGCCGUUCCUGAACCCAAGCAGUGGCUCGGACUGUGACGUCGUCCUCCUGAACCGCUGGAGUGUGAGGAACCACGAGGUCCAACGAGGAGACAUCGUCUCUGUCAUGUCCCCGAGGAACCCACAGCAGAAGAUCAUUAAGCGCGUCAUCGGCCUGGAGGGAGACUUCAUCAGGACGCUGAGCUACAAGAACAGAUACGUCCGCGUCCCUGACGGUCACUUCUGGAUCGAGGGCGAUCACCACGGCCACAGUCUGGACAGUAACAGCUUUGGACCGGUACCAACGCUUUCAUCACAGUUCAGACCUUGUGCCUGAAUUCUUACCUUCAUCACUGUGAUUAUUACUGUUACUGCUGCUGUUACUGCUGCUGCUGUUACUGCUG